ACGCGCAUCCAAAGCAUGGUGGACAAAAACAUCAAGCUCGUCGACGUGAUCCAGGUGAUGCUAGUUCGCCGGAUCCUCCCCUGCCAAAGCCGAACCUCCCCUUUAUGGGAAUUCGAUCCGGAGAAGCACCCGACCUUGGAGAGGCUCUUCGGAACCACUCAGGAAGAUGCCUGGAAGCUGCUCUUCAAGGGCGACGAGAAGCCGCCGGCCAUAGACUCGGACCGUGGGCACGAUCUUGCCCAUCCCGCCAAUGCGGUAUGGAUAGAGAAAGUGGAGCGGAUUCAAUGUUCGGCUCCGCUGCCCGAAGAACCAGUCAUUCCGCUCCUGGCGAAGAUGCUGGUCCCGAUGCCCUAUCAGCCGCCGGAGAAGAAGGCCAAGAAGAAGUCCAAGGGGGGCAAGGUGGCCCCCGCCGCAAGGGCGCUUCGGACGUGA